AUGAUGGCCGCCGCCGCCGCCAAGCAUGUCGUGCUGUUCCCGUUCCCCGGUCAGGGCCACCUCUCCGCGUUCGUAUCCGUCGCCGGCCUCCUACACGGCGCUCUCCCCGACGCCGCCAUCACCCUCGUCUCCACCCCGCGCAACGUUGCCGCCCUCCGGACUACCGCGUGCUCCAACUCCAACUCGUCGUUCCUCGGCUUCCACGUGCUGCCCUUCACCCCGGCGGACCACGGCCUGCCUCCGGACUGCGAAUCAUCCGACGCCAUACAGCCCAUGGCCAUCUUCGACCUCAUGGAGGCGUUCGAGGCGCUCGAGGCCGCGUUCGACGACUACCUCUCCGCCGCCGUCGCCGCGGCCGGCGGCAGUGGCCGCGACGUCUUCGUCGUCUCCGACCCGUUGACGGCGUGGACGGUGACCGCGUCCCGGCGCCGCGGGUGCGCGCACGCCUUCUUCCCCUCCUGCGGCGCGUACGGUACCGCCGUCCUGCACUCGCUCUGGAGCCACCUGCCCGUCCGGCCCGACCCAGCCACCGGCCGCGUCCACCUGCCCGAGUACCCCGAGGUUAUAAUCCACCGCUCGCAGGUCACCAAGCACGCAUUGGGCCCGCCCGCCGUCAUCGACCGCGGCACUAGAUUCUUCGGCCGGCAGAUCCCUCUCGGCUAUGAGACGGACGCGGUGCUCAUCAACACCGUGGAGGAGUUCGAGCCCAAUGGUCUAGCCAUGCUGCGGCGCACCCUCAAGAUCCCGGUCUGCCCCAUCGGCCCUCUCGUGCGCGCCACCAGCCUACCAGCCUCGCCGGAGGCCGAGGCCGCCGUCGUGAGCUUCCUGGACUGCCACUCGCCGUCGUCGGUGCUGUACAUCUCAUUCGGCUCCCAGAACUCUAUACGAGCAGAGCACAUGACGGAGCUGGCAUUGGCCUUAGAGUCAGCCGGCCGGCUGUUCAUCUGGGCUGUCAGGCCGCCGGUCGGACACGACAUCAAGGGCGACUUCCGGGCCGACCAGUGGCUGCCGGACGGGUUCGAGGAGAGGGCGCGCACGAGCAACAGAGGACUCCUGGUACGCGGGUGGGCACCGCAGGUGAGGAUCCUGGCGCACGCCUCGACGGGCGCCUUCCUGAGCCACUGCGGGUGGAACUCGGUGUUGGAGAGUGUGACGCACGGCGUGCCGAUCAUAGGCUGGCCGCUCUCCGGCGAGCAGUUCUACAACGCCAAUAUGCUUAAAGAGGAGUGGGGUGUGUGCGUGGAAGUGGCGAGGGGGAACGUGGAGGACACUGUCGUAAGCAGGGCUGCGCUUUUCGACGUGGUGGAGACGGUGAUGGGUCAGACGGCGAAGGCCGCAGAGAUGCGGCGGCAGUUGAGGGAGAUCAAGGAGGUGAUGGAGGUGUCCUGGAAGGAGAGGAGCGGGUCGUCGAGGAAGGCGAUGGAGGAUUUCUUGCGGGCGAUGAAUCUCCGGUGA